ACGACGGAACGUCCGGUAAAAUUAUUUUUGUCGUGCGCUAUAGUGACCGCAAAAUAGUACUGUGAUUUUUUUUUCCGGGGUUAUUAUUUCUGUGCAUAAACGGUAUUGAAUGCGUUCAGGUGUUAUAGGACACGUUCACCAGACUUAUUAUUAGUACUAACGCCAUAGCCCUUGUCCGAUAACGUUUUAUGUGUGAAACGGUUGUCAAAUGUGCGUGGUGACCGGCGCCGCGACCGUUAUGAUGCAGCAGGACGACAUGCAUCAUCGACACAACGUGUUCCUGCCUGUGUACGACUUCAGCCGCCGGUACCAGUCGGCCCUACAGGACGCUGUCCAAGCGGUCAGCAGUCCGCUGGACCUGAGGGGUGGAAGUACGCUGAUGGGCGCCGCGGCCGCCGCCGCCGCAGCCGCUUUGGCUCAACACCAGCCGCCGACGUCCUCUUCGUCGCCGCCGUGCAGUCUGGGUUCGGCCGAGACGACGGACGUGAACGUAGACUCGGCCGACGACGACGAGGACGACGACGACGAAAUGUUCAACGGCAGGGCAGCCACCAACAAUAAUUGCAAAGCGGGCGACGAAGACGACGACUGUGACGGCAAAGAGGAACAAGGGACGGGCGCCAACGGGUCGCCGGUGAAACCGCCCUACAGUUACAUAGCGCUCAUCACUAUGGCUAUCUUGCAAUCGCCGCACAAGAAGCUCACGUUGAGCGGUAUCUGCGAGUUCAUAAUGUCCCGGUUCCCAUACUACAGGGACAAGUUUCCGGCCUGGCAGAACUCCAUCAGGCAUAACCUGUCGUUGAACGACUGCUUCAUAAAAAUACCACGAGAACCCGGCAACCCGGGCAAAGGCAACUACUGGACGCUGGAUCCCAUGGCCGAGGACAUGUUCGACAACGGCAGUUUCUUACGACGCCGAAAACGCUACAAACGGAUGCAGACGCCGUCUGACUUCUUCGGCAUGCGAGACCACCACCAUCACCAUCACGGCGGCGCCCCCAACGGGCCGCAACACCACCACUUUGCGGCCGACCCGUAUUCCGUGCUGCACCAUCACCACCAUUACCCUUAUCACCAUCUCGGGCCGCCGCCACCGCCGUUGCCGCCCGCCGUGCCGUUACCGCUACCGCCCUCCGAAUUGGCGCGGAUCACUUUCGGCCUCAACUUGCUGCAUAACGGACAAGUGGCAGCCGCGGCCGCGGCCGUCGGUCUUCCUCCGCCGCCGUUCAAGCCGACGGUCACCUCUGCACCGCCGUCGUCUUACCCGAUGACUAACGUGGUCGGGCGGCUGGUCGGAAAACAGCCGUCGACCGGGUUUAGCAUCGAUUCAAUAAUGGGUAAAAGAUCGGAACCCAGCAGUCCGGUCGCCAUCCCCGGGCAAGUGGCCGCGGAAAACGACCCGACGGCUACCGGAAUUACGAUUUCCGGCACUCCGUCACCGUUACCGGCACCUCCGGCCGUUACGAGAUCCGGUUUUGAUUCCGCGUUUACGCCCCUUCAACAAACCACUUGGGCUAGAUGAUGAUACGGCCAUCGCCGACGGUACCCGACAUUCCUGCCGCCACUUAUCCAAUAACUAAUAUACGUGCCACUGGACUGGUGUCCAAUUGUAAUGAUCGCCGAAGUCGAUAAAGAAGCGAAAUACAUUUAUGACAUCGACCAUGGACAUAUGUCGAAUCUAGUCCAAAUUUUGUUUUUAUCGGAUAUUAACACACACACAACGACUGUCGUUCUGAUAAAGUUUUUUUUUCAUUUAAAUAAUAUACUUAAAACUAUUAUUAUUAUUGUAAAUAACUUAAAAUAUUGUUACCAACUACACUAUUUAUUAUUAUUAUUAUAUUUUAUUGUUUUUAUCGAUACAUGCAAUUAUAGCGUUUUAGAUUUAGCUGUUAAUAUAUUUAUUAUUAUUAUUAUAUUUAAUUUGAUGAUUAGGUAUACAGUAUACACUAUAAAUUACGCGUAGUGUAAACUUAAUUUGAAAUUAAUAUAAUAUUUAAACAUGUAAUUUAUAUUAUAGAAUUUCCGGCAUAAAACCAUAUAGCUGUUCUAUGCUGCGUGUACAUAAUAUCUAAUAUUCUGUAAAUGUAUAUAAUAUACCUCUAUAGGUAUAUCCAUACAUAAUAUAUAUAUAUUUAAAACAACAAGUCAGUUUAUAGUUAUAUUAUCAUGAUAUUUAUUUAUCUAUUU